UCCUCCCUCCUCGGGCCCUUCUCUCUCUCCAUCGCCUUGUUCAAUUUUGAAACCCUAAGUCCUUUUUUUUUUUUUUGCAAUCCCCUACUAAAGUGAUUCCGUAGUCUCAAUUCGAGUUGUAAUUACUAUAAACUGGUGUCGUAUAUGCUGGGUCUUUUAACUCUUGACGUUCAAUUAUUAUUUAGACCUCUGGAACGGCAGAAUGGAUGAUGUACCUGCUGACAAGCCAAGUUCGCCUUCUGCUAAAGCUUCUGAGGUACAAACUCCUGCUGUCACAAAUUCAGGAUCUACUAAUCCUACUCUUGAUGCACCAUCCAAGCUGUCAUCAUGGGCCAAAAAUUUAAAAAUUCCUCAGCCAUUUGCUACCUCGCAAGAGAACUCACCAACAGGAAAUGCUGGAAAAUCAACUUUUUCACGAUUUACUAGUGGGUUUGGACUGCGUUCGUCUCCAAAAUCUCCUGCUAGUGAUAGUUCUGACGGUGCUUCAGCAACCACGCAGCCUGGUUUUCUUGGAACAAUUACGAAAGGUAUAGUGGACUCAUCUAAAAAUGCAGUAAAAGCUGUACAGGUUAAGGCUCGUCAUGUUGUUUCACAGAACAAACGGAGAUACCAGGAAGGAGGAUUUGACUUAGAUAUGACAUACAUCACUGAGAACAUAAUUGCUAUGGGGUUCCCUGCUGGUGACUUGAGCUCUGGGUUUUUUGGAUAUGUUGAGGGUUUCUAUCGUAAUCACAUGGAAGAAGUGAUUAAGUUUUUUGAAACAUAUCACAAGGACAAGUACAAAGUGUAUAACCUUUGCUCUGAAAGACUAUAUGAUGCUUCAUUACUUGAAGGAAAGGUGGCCAGUUUCCCGUUUGAUGAUCAUAAUUGCCCCCCAAUUCAAUUGAUAAUAUCUUUCUGUCGAAGUGCUUACUCAUGGCUGAAGGAGGACAUUGAGAAUGUUGUAGUUGUGCAUUGUAAAGCUGGAAUGGCAAGGACAGGGUUGAUGAUCUCUAGCCUUCUUCUAUACUUGAAGUUCUUCCCCACUGCUGAAGAGUCCAUUGACUACUACAACCAGAAAAGAUGUGUUGAUGGAAAGGGGCUUGUUCUGCCAAGUCAAAUUAGAUAUGUCAAAUACUUCGAACGCACGUUAACAUACUUCAAUGGUGAAAACCCGCCUGGGCGGAGGUGCAUGCUUAGGGGGUUCCGGCUCCAUCGCUGCCCUUAUUGGAUCAGGCCCUCCAUCACUAUCUCUGAUCAUAAUGGUGUUAUCUUCUCAACAAAGAAGCAUCCGCGCACCAAGGAUCUCUCGCCUGAAGAUUUUUGGUUUAGCGCACCAAAGAAAGGAGUUAUGGUCUUUGCUUUGCCUGGGGAGCCUGGUCUAACUCAGUUGGCUGGGGACUUCAAAGUUCAUUUUCAUGAUCGCCAAGGAGAUUUCUACUGUUGGUUAAACACAACAAUGAUAGAAAACAGAAAAGUUCUGAAUACCAGUGAGCUUGAUUGGUUUGACAAGAGGAAAUUGCCGUCCCCUGGUUUCCAGGUUGAGGUUGUGCUAGUAGAUUAUAAUGGUACUGUUCCCACCACGCCCCAGACUGAAACUACUACCAAUAAGCCAGAUGAAAGCUCCGGGACUGGUGCUGCAUCAACUGACGGAGGUGCAGCCCCAGCAAAUGAAAAUAAAGACCCAGGACAUAAUGACAAAGAUGAUGUGUUCUCAGACGGUGAGGCAGAAGAAUCUGGUUCAUCAAAGAGCAGGCAGAAUAAGGCAACAUCUGCAGAGGGAAUAGCUCUUAAUUCAGCAACCUCCGAACCUGAAACAAAUGACAAAUCAGUUCAAGUUGCAAAUUUGGUGCAUUCUACCGAGCAAGUUUCUUUAGGAAGUGCAAUCUCCCAACCGAUGCAUGGUACUAGUGAGCCAAGAAAAGAUGCUGCUGCUGCAGCUCCUCCUGCUGCAGGUGUUCAAGUUUCGAGCUCAGAAAGUGAAUUCAGGGCAAUGGCGGCUGAUGCAUCUGUUUUCAGCUUUGGAGAUGAUGAGGACUAUGAAAGUGACUAAACUUGGGGCAGAACACAACAGAUGCCACUUCUUCUGUACAUAAAACUGGUUUGCAAGUUAUACGCGUUGGCCAUAUUAUAUCAAAUCAUAUUCGCUUCAUUUGUAUCUUGUAUCAUCAUCAGAAUCUGGUUCUGCCUUCUUUAUGUUGUAAAUUGAAAAAAACUAUUACAUUUGACUAUCAGAAUAAACAUUCCAUUUAAAUGUGAA